AUGCCAUCUGACAAAUCCGUUGGUGUCUGUGAUGAUUCAUUCAACACUUUUUUCUCUGAAACCGGGGCUGGUAAACAUGUUCCCCGCACAGUGUUCGUCGACUUGGAACCUACCGUCGUUGAUGAAGUUCGUAAUGGUACCUACCGUCAAUUGUUUCACCCUGAGCAAUUGAUCACUGGCAAAGAAGAUGCUGCAAAUAAUUAUGCUCGUGGUCAUUAUACUAUUGGAAAAGAAAUCGUUGAUCUUGUCCUAGAUCGUAUCCGCAAACUCGCUGAUAACUGUACUGGUCUUCAAGGAUUCUUGGUUUUCCAUUCCUUCGGAGGUGGCACUGGUUCUGGUUUCGGUGCUUUGCUCUUGGAACGUCUCUCCGUUGAUUACGGCAAAAAAUCUAAAUUGGAAUUUUCCGUGUACCCUGCUCCGCAGGUGUCCACUGCUGUUGUUGAGCCUUAUAAUUCUAUUCUUACUACUCACACUACUUUGGAACAUUCUGAUUGUGCUUUCAUGGUUGAUAAUGAAGCUAUUUAUGAUAUUUGUCGUCGUAAUCUCGAUAUUGAAAGACCUACCUAUACGAACUUGAACAGAUUAAUUGCUCAAGUGGUUUCUUCUAUUACCGCUUCUCUCCGUUUCGACGGUUCCUUGAACGUCGACUUGACUGAAUUCCAAACUAAUCUUGUCCCAUAUCCUCGUAUCCACUUCCCCUUGGUUACUUACGCUCCCGUCAUUUCCGCUGAAAAAGCUUAUCAUGAACAACUUACUGUUGCCGAAAUCACCUAUUCUUGCUUUGAACCAAAUAACCAAAUGGUUAAAUGUGAUCCUCGUCAUGGCAAAUAUAUGGCCUGUUGUCUUUUAUACCGUGGUGAUGUUGUUCCUAAGGACGUCAACGCCGCUAUUGCUACCAUCAAGACUAAACGCACUAUCCAAUUUGUUGAUUGGUGUCCUACCGGUUUCAAAGUUGGUAUUAAUUAUCAACCUCCAACCGUCGUCCCUGGUGGUGAUCUUGCUAAAGUUCAACGCGCCGUUUGCAUGUUGUCUAAUACAACUGCCAUUGCCGAAGCUUGGGCACGUCUUGACCAUAAAUUCGAUUUAAUGUACGCAAAACGUGCUUUCGUUCAUUGGUAUGUCGGUGAGGGUAUGGAAGAAGGUGAAUUUUCUGAAGCCCGUGAAGAUUUGGCUGCCUUGGAGAAGGAUUACGAGGAGGUGGGAACUGAUUCUCUUGAAGGUGAAGAAGAGGAAGCUGAAGAAUAUUAA